AGCAACUUGUUACAGGCUCACCGGUCCUCCCUCUGCUGGAUUAUUUAUCAGGCGCUCCGUCCCAUGUCGCCAUCUGCUCGAAGGAGAAAUAACCCCCCCAAAAAAACAACAGGACUCUUCGAGCCACAUGAUAGGAGACAUUAACUAGGUAGAAAAAGUAAACACAUAUAAUAUAAAUAGUUUAUAGGACUCAGAAGAUCUUGUGCAACAGGUGUUCAGGAGAAUCCUGCUUGUCAGAGCUGAGGCGGAUAACUCAUUCAGCAAAGCAGAGGUUAGUUCAAACAGCGUAGGAUGCAGUGAGUUUUUAAUCUAGUAUGUGAAGAAGAUGACAUGUUUAUUUCUGGGACGGAUUCCGCAGUUUAUCGUCGCUUUAUAGAGACCCAUGGAGCAAUAACCGAGCUUGUCCACAGAAUUAACCCGGUGACUGACAUGUUCAGAGGCUUUAUGGAUGCAGCGCUGCUAACCCUGUCCGCCCGGUGAACUGAGUCGGGGAGGGGGAGGGGGUCAUAGCAGGCAACCGAGGAACGGCGCCGCCUAACCCGCAGCCGGCUGCAGCCAUGGUGGUGGAGGGCGACAGGACGCUGGUGGCAGCCAGGCAGGGAGACGUGCAGGCGCUCAAAACGCUCUUAGCCGCGAAGGUUCUCAGCAGCGACGUGAAGGAUGUUCUGGGGGCUUCGCCGGUCCACCACGCAGCCCGCGCCGGGAAGCUGACCUGCCUUCGUUUUCUGGUGGAGGAGGCAGGGCUGCAGGGUAACUGCCUGGCAAACAACGGGGCCAGUCCGGCCCACGAUGCGGCAGCCACGGGCAACCUGGCCUGCUUACAGUGGCUGCUGACCCAGGGGGGGUGUCGGCCGGAGGACAAGGACAGCUCUGGAGCUACGGUUCUCCACCUUGCGUGUCGCUUCAGUCACCACGAGAUCACCGAAUGGCUGCUGAAGAGCGGCGAGGUGGAUCCCGGGGCCUCCACCGACACGGGAGCCAUACCUGUUCAUUAUGCAGCUGCCAAGGGAGAUCUGGCUUCUCUCCGACUGUUACUGGGACACAGCCCAAAUGUCGUCAACUCCCAAACUAAGAAUGGUGCCACGCCGCUCUACCUGGCCUGCCAGGAGGGUCAUCUGGAGGUUGUCCAAUACCUGGUCAAGGACUGUGGGGCAGAUCCGAGCAUCAGAGCCAACGACGGGAUGACGCCUCUGCACGCUGCUGCUCAGAUGGGCCACAGCACCGUCAUCGUCUGGCUGAUGAGUUUUACAGACAUCAGCCUGGCGGACAGGGACGGCGAUGGGGCCACGGCCAUGCACUUCACAGCCAGCCGUGGCCACGCAAAGGUGCUCAGCUGGCUGCUGCUGCAUGGAGGGGAGAUAGUCACCGACAACUGGGGAGGGACCCCUCUCCACGACGCAGCGGAGAACGGGGAGCUGGAGUGCUGUCAGAUACUUGUGGUAAACGGCGUGGACCUGGGCAUUCGGGACCAGGACGGCUUUACGGCCGCAGACCUGGCCGAAUACAACGGCCACUCCCAGUGUGCCAAGUAUCUGCGCACAGUGGAAAACAUGAGUGUGGAGCAUCGGGUUUUGUCUCGAGACCCUUCGAUGGAGCUCGAGUCCAAGCAGCCGGACUCGGGCCUCUCCUCCCCGAACACCACCAUGCCUCCAGCCAGCCAGGCAACGCACUUCGACAUCUGCUCGCCGUCCAGCUCACUGUCCAACUACGACUCUGCCAACUCCAGCCAGUCCAGCACCGGAGAGAAAAGAAGCAGCCUUACAAUGUCUCGAGGACCUCCCACCCAGCUGACCACAGUCGCACAUCAAGGUGCAUCAGAGUCGGCCAUUUCAGACAUGCAGGCCUACAUGGACAUGCUGAACCCAGACAUCGGCGCUGACACGGCCAGCAGAAACAAGAUCAGAGCUGAUGGUGUACCCAACCCUCCGCCUCCUCCAACCUAUCCUCCUCCUCCUCCGCCUCCCCCUCAAGCUCCGCCGGAUCUCCCUCCGGCUCCGAGCUACCCGGCGCCUCCGCCCCCGCAAGAGCCUCAGUCGGCCGAGUUCCUGAAGGUGAAAAGCAACUUGCGGCACGUGGACAGCAAAAGCAGCAAAAAGGAGCAGCUGACUCUUGGGGAGAGCCACGAGAAAUUGCGGCGAGUGGAUUCAAACAGGAAGUCAAGGAGCUUCAACAAACAGCCCAGCACUGGGGACUACUACAAGAGUCUGGGCAACGACACGGCGGAGCCCCGUGGGAGCAAAGUCAUGGCGCCCAACGAGGAGGGUUCGGUAUUAUUGGAGGAGCCUGCGGAGAGUCCCGCCCCCACCUCUGAAAAUGGCACCACAGAGGAAUCUGUGUCGCCUCCGCAGCCGCCUCCACCACCUCCUCUUCCCCCUAGCAACCCGAUGCCAACGCCCCCUCCUCCUCCUCCGCUGCCCACCGGGCCACAAACCACCCAGAACAACAGCAGCACCGCCCCCAGCUCCACCGACAACAGGCGCCCAUCUUCCUCAUCAGGAAGCGGGAAUGUCUCUGUCUCCCAAACAGACAGAGGGCUGCUUAGACAGAUGAAGAGCACAAAAUCUUUCAACAUGAUGUCCCCCACCGGAGACAACUCAGAGCUGCUGGCAGAGAUCAAAGCCGGAAAGAGCCUCAAGCCCACGCCUCACAGUAAAGGCUACACCACCGUGUUCUCCAACACGGGGACGACGGGCAACAAUGGAACCACCACACCUCCAGAGACCCAAACACCCACCCCACCCGCCCAGCCACCCUCCCCCCCACAAUCCAGCCCGCCUGUUACCUCCCCGCCCGUCACCCCGAGCCCCAGCCCUAGCCCCACUGGUCCCAGGAACAUGUCAGGCUCUGCGAGCUACGAGCAGCUGCCCUCCAACUCCGUCGUUAACGGGGACGGAGGAGCUGGCGCUGCGCAGCCGGAGUCGGAAAGGAAGACGAGCCUCGCCGACAUUGAGGCGCUGGUGCCCACUCAUGACGAGCAGGGGAAACCCAUCCCUGAGUGGAAAAGGCAGGUGAUGGUGAGGAAGCUUCAGGCCAAGAUGCAGGAGGAGGAAGAGCACAAACGCAAGGCUGAAGAGGAAGCAAAGCGCCUGGCGUCAAUGCCAGCCUGGAGGAGGGACAUGAUGAAAAAGAAAAUGGACGAGGAGAGAUGUGACAGGGAACAAAAAAGAAAAGCAGAACAGCAGGCCAAACAGGCAAAGGAGUCCGAGGAGAAGCAGGAGCUGGAGCGACUACGGACCAUGGGCUACGAUGAGACCAAGCUGGCCCCCUGGCAGCGGCAGAUCAUCCUGAAGAAAGGGGACGUAGCCAAAAAGUGACCUGGACCGUUUUCCCUGCAGCGUUCUGCGCCCUCACACACUCGGUCCAAAGUGUCUCCCUCCUCCAUUCUUUAACCCCACGCCGAACAGACAGAGGUGAAGAGAGCUCGUCUCCCCCUCCCUCCUGAAACUCUGUUGUGUCACUCUUCGGUGCCCCGCAGUAACUGAGGCCUGCUUCUGCGGUUGCUGCCUGUCCACACAAGGUCCGAGACUCGGCUCGGGCGAAACACAGCAGAGUGAUCCUACACCUCUUACUAAAAGUCUCAUGGACACAAAUGAUUGUUUAGCAAAGCAUUUCUGACAUGCACUGACCCUCUUUUUUUCUUCUUUUUCUUUGCUAAGGCACUUGUUAAAGAACACUUAAAUCAAAAUCACAGCUGGUGUAUACUUACAUGUCUACAAAACCGCAAAUUAUUGGAAGAUGUGUCACGUAGCAGGUUUAAGUUUUUUGGUAGAUGAAAAAGGUGACGUAUGAGGCUGUUGUUGCUAUGAAAUUGUCUAUUUUUCAGACUGUAAUCGAAAGAAAAGUAGUUCAGAUAUAUAAUUUGUAAUCAAUAAGCAGCCAAUGCAUCAAUAAGAAUGAGCAGUGUCCCAUCGAUGUUUCGUCUUAGUCGUAGCAUUUAGUGUCAAGCUCACAGAUGCACUUAUUGUGCUGUUGCAGGAUCGUUCAGCUGUUCAAAGCCGAGGUUUUCUUUGAAGGUUAUAAGCAGCUGCUAUCUUACCUGCUGCAGAUGUCCAUCUCAGUCGCUUCAUUUUGUUUAAAUCCCCAUCAACUGGUCGUUACGUUUGGAUUCGAAGGUUAUUUACCCCAAAGCUGGUGAUUAUUUACACACAAAUAAAUGACUGAAUGCAGUGCGAAGCGCCUUGGGGUCCUCUGGACCUGAUGAAGCGCUUUACAAUUACAGGCCAUGUGCAGAGGAAGCUCAGGUUGGAGGAGGUGCGUUACCAAUAAUCUUCCUGCUGGAAAGCCAACAGAAAAUGUAAAGCAUCUCUGGUGACAAAACAGUGGAAAUGCUCUGCAUGUUCCACUGUCGGUUCAUUUCCGACAGGAAAAUCCUUGAUAGCAGAUAUUACUUCCUGCCUCUGUUCUCCCAUGUAAAUGUUCGUCAGAUUCUGUGUAAAUAUCCACUCACUGCAAAUAAAUAGACAUAAAUCCCUGUGA